AUCAGGACAAGCUGCAGUUUAAGUCCAAGCUUUUGCUCAUUACAACAAGUGAAUAAUCUGCUUCUACCUAGUUGGGAUCUAUGGCUUCCUAUUCUCUCCCCUUUGGGGAGAAAUAUCUAGGAGAGAGAAUCAAAGAGGUUACUUUGACCCUUUUAUUCUUUACCUGUUUUUGGGAUUUAGCUGUGACUAUCCAACCAACUGCUACACAACCAAUAGAGAUUCGCCUGGUGAAUGGUUCAAGUCGCUGUGUAGGGAGAGUGGAAGUAUUCCAUAAUGGUUUGUGGGGUACUGUUUGUGAUGAUAACUGGGGCAUAGAAGAUGCCCGUGUUGUCUGCCGGCAGCUAGGCUGUGCAAGUGCAAUAUCAGCACCAAGGGAAUCCAAUUUUGGCCGAGGAGUUGGUCGCAUCUGGAUGGAUGAAGUUCGAUGUAUAGGGACAGAAAGCUUCCUCAAUCAAUGCCCAUCAAGACCUUUGGGAGACAAUGAUUGCCAUCAUGGAGAAGAUGCUGGUGUUGUGUGUUCAGAGAUGAGACUGGCAGGUGGUUCUACCAUUUGCACUGGUAGAGUUGAGGUGUUGUUUAACCAAAGAUGGGGAACAAUUUGUGACAAUGGCUGGGAUUUAGCUGAUGCCAAUGUGGUGUGCCGGGAAGUAGGCUGUGGAAAUGCAUUAGCAGCAGCAGGUGCAGCUAAAUUUGGACAAGGAACUGGUCCAAUCUGGAUGGAUCAGGUAAACUGCACAGGGGAAGAAGACAGUCUAAGAAAAUGUCCACCAAAAAGCAUGAAAGAACACAGUUGUAGCCACAGUAAGGAUGCUGGCGUGGAGUGUGCAGAACCACCUGAGAUCAGAUUAUCAAAUGGUCCCAAUCAUUGUUCAGGGAGAGUUGAGAUCUUGCAUGAAAAACUCUGGGGAACUAUUUGCGAUGACGACUGGGACCUUGAUGACGCCACAGUUGUAUGCCAGUAUUUAGGCUGUGGGAAUGCACUGGCAGCCCCACGUGGUUCUCGUUAUGGAGCUGGAGCUGGUCCCAUAUGGCUAGAUGGUGUGAACUGCACAGGAUCAGAGACAGCCAUCAGCAAAUGUCCAGCAAAAACAUGGGGGGAACAUGACUGCACUCAUUCAGAAGACGCUGGUGUGGUAUGUGCAGAACUUCGACUAGUAGGUGGACCUACUCGUUGUGCAGGAAGGCUUGAGAUAUACCACAACAAGCAAUGGGGGACUGUGUGUGAUGAGGACUGGGAUUUAAAUGAUGCCAAUGUGGUGUGCAGAGAACUGGAGUGUGGAACUGCCCUAAAGGCCGUUGGAGGAGCACAGUUUGGCCAAGGAUCUGGAGUCAUUUGGCUAGACAGAGUGAACUGCACAGGAAAAGAAGCUUUUCUGAAUGAAUGCCCAAAAAGACCUUGGGGAGAGCAUAGCUGUGCCCACAGCAGGGAUGCAAGUGUGGAAUGCUCAGACCCAUAUGAAGUCAGAUUGGUGAAUGGUACAAGUCGUUGUUCUGGGAGAGUUGAAGUGCUGCACAACCAACAGUGGGGAACAGUCUGUGACGAUGGCUGGGAGCUCACCAAUGCACAAGUUGUGUGCAAGGAACUGGGCUGUGGAAUAGCUUUAGCAGCCCCACGAGGAGCAAAAUUUGGAAAAGGAAAUGAUCCCAUUUGGCUGGAUGAUGUCAAAUGUAAAGGAACAGAAGCUGGUCUUCGUGACUGUCGUCUAAAAUCUUGGGGAGAACACAACUGCAACCAUGGAGAAGAUGCUGGUGCUGUAUGUUCAGAACUCCGACUGGUGAACGGCGUAAGCCGCUGUUCAGGAAGAGUGGAAAUCUUCCAUGACCAACAGUGGGGGACUGUGUGUGAUGACCGCUGGGACAUCAAGCAUGCUGAGGUGAUCUGCAGGGAAAUGGGCUGUGGUGUUGCUUUGAGAGCCCGAAGAAAGGCAUAUUUUGGAGAGGGAACAGGGCCAAUUUGGCUAGAUGAUGUGAACUGCCAUGGAUCAGAAAACUCCCUCAGUCAAUGCACAGCAAGCGCUUGGGGAACAAAUAACUGCCGCCACGCAGAAGAUGCUGGGGUGGAGUGUGCAGAUCCAGUGGAGCUCAGACUAGUCAAUGGCUCACACCGAUGUACCGGGAGGGUAGAAGUAUUUCAUCUCCAGCAAUAUGGGACUGUUUGUGAUGACAACUGGGACUUGAAUGAAGCUGUUGUUGUGUGUCGAUACCUUGAUUGUGGAUCAGCCAUUUCUGCCCCUCGUUCAGCUCGGUUUGGUCGAGGAAAUGAUGCUAUCUGGCUGGAUGAUGUUGAAUGCACAGGAACUGAAACUUCCCUCACUUCUUGCAAGGCCAAGCCUUGGGGAACUAAUGACUGUAACCACGGGGAAGAUGCUGGUGUUGUAUGUUCAGAGAAUGUCAGGCUGGUCAAUGGCACAAAUCGCUGCAGUGGAAGAGUAGAGGUUCGAACAUCUGGGAGUGAUGAGUGGGGGACAGUCUGUGACCGGACUUGGGACUUAAAAGAGGUAGAAGUUGUGUGCAGGCAAUUGGGCUGUGGAGGUGCUGGAUCGGCUCCAAAAGGAGCUCAUUUUGGGCGUGGAUUAGGUCGCAUCUGGAUGGAUGAUGUCAAUUGUGAAGGCACAGAAAAUUCCCUUCAAGAAUGCAGAGCAAAUACCCAGGGGACAAACAACUGUGUUCAUGGUCAAGAUGCAAGUGUUAUUUGUUCAGACACUUUCACCCUUAAUGUGGCAAAGAUAAGACUAGAAGAUGGUCCAAACUCUUGUGCAGGCCGGGUUGAAGUCUAUCACCAACAGCAAUGGGGAACUGUAUGUGAUGAUGGAUGGGGCCUUCAAGAUGUAGCUGUGGUGUGUAAGCAGUUAAAGUGUGGCAUUCCUUUGGAAUCCCAGUCUGGGGCACACUUUGGAAGAGGUACUGGCCCUAUUUUUCUGGAUGACGUGAACUGCACUGGGACAGAAAUGUCAAUCAAAGAUUGCCGAGGACGUUCUGUAGGAGAGCAUGACUGUGAUCAUUCAGAAGAUGCUGGUGCAGUUUGCUCAGGUCCCCUGAAUGUACGAUUAGCAAAUGGCCCCAAUGCCUGUACUGGACGAGUAGAGUUGAACUAUAAUGGCACCUGGCUCUCUAUUGGGGAUUCAGGUUGGAGUCUUAAGGAAGCCACAGUGAUAUGUCGACAAUUGGGCUGCGGUUCAGCAUUGUCUGUGCCCAAGGGCAAUGAAUAUGGCAUGGGUGUUGGCCCAGCGUUUCUGGAUAAUGUGAAAUGUAAAGGAACAGAAUCAUCCCUUGCUGAGUGCCAAGCCGCAACCACAGCUUCCAAGAAAUGCAUCUGUGGCUCCUAUGCGGGAGCCGUAUGUGAAGGACAGUCAGGCUCAGGCAGAACUGCUGCAGUCAUUUUAAGCCUGCUAGCUAUUAUUUUACUUAUUGGGGGUUUAGUGUUUUACCUGUGGAAAAAGGGAGUGAAAUUAUCUGCACUGAAUCCUUUCACACGGAGCCGAGAGCCCUUCAUGGAAAAUAUCAGUGUUGGGUCAAAUAUGGUCAAUGGCCUUCGAGAAAUGUAUAGUCGGGGAAGAGAACAAAUCGCCUCUGAAGGGGACCCUGAAGGUGACACCAUCUGCCUCGUGAAAGCCCCAUCUGAUCCUUCGGCAAGCAGCACUGACUGACAGACUGGGAAGGGACAAAAGCUUAAGUGCUAGAAAAACAGAAGCAACUGUCAGAAAUAGGUCAUUCUGUGAUCCGCUCAUAGGAUGUCAUAACCAUGUCAUCAGUUUUCAUGUUGCUAGCAUGAAUGUUUAGAGACUUUUGCUGGCAUCUCUUGAAUUAAUCAUACAACUAUCCUCACUAUCCCAAAAAUUGAAGUAAUUAGACAAGGAUUGAAGACAACAUAGAUGUACUUAGAGAUAUCCAUGAUACUAGUGUUCUUACAAGAUGAGGCUUUGGGAAAUUGCUUUCAAACUCCUUGUUUUCAUUAUUGUUCAUUAUAAGUAACAACAUUUGAUUUAAUAUCCCCAUUAGAACCAUUACAGAUCACACUUGUUGUAUAAUAAAAAGUUAGAUCCAGAAAUUAUAUUUCCAAUCCCUAAUACAAUAAUAAAAAGCCAAUAUACAAACAGGAUGAAGUGCCUCUCAGUGUGAAAAAUAUUAGAUAGUACAUAUUUUGUACAAGGUGUAGACAAAUCCUAUAUCACACAUUUGAAUCAACUUUCCUGCAAAUCCACAUCAAAAUAUAAGCAGAGUUGAACUAACUGAGCUUUAAGGUUUAGACAAUUGCAUAUUAGGAUAAACAGGUCAACCUGAACUGGAUCCAUCUUGGAGUCCGUGGUGUGCAAAACAUAUUUACUUUCCAUCAAAAUUUUCUUUGUAUAUUUUUUUAAUGCUGGACAAGGCACAUUUGAUGUUUACAACUUUCUUAAAAUUCCCUUUUUUAGUUUUCAUUUGGGUAUUUUUUCUAAAUUAUAAAUAUCUGCAUUUUUUUUUAUAUCCAACUACUCCAAAUACAUCAGCUAUCUUAGUGGUAAAAUCUAGUUAACCGUAUUUGAUCUCAAAAAUCUAAGGGUAAUAUCACUUGUAUGAAAAACUACCAGGAAAUUUCAAUGAUGUAGGCUAAUCCCUAAAGACAUCAAUAAGAAACCAUCUCAGUAUUACUAUUUUAAAAAACAGCAUGGACAUAUCCAUGUUGUCAUCAGAAGCCAAGUUCAUCUUCAGGGAGAUUGUAUAUUUGUUCCCUCAAAAUGGGCAUUUUUGAAUGUAUUUUUUCCAAAUAUCCUCCUUUUUGUGAAUUUUUGAGGAAUAAGACAGGGAAAGGCAAAUACUUUCAGGCUGCACCAGAGGCCAUUUUUACAAAUAAUAUCAUUUAUACCCCUUAAAAUCUGUACAGAAUUUCUUUUCCAUCCCAUGUAUGUCUAUCUGACAUUUGUUAUUUUGCCUUCUUUAACCUUUGGUCUAGUGGGGGAAAUGGUUUAGUUGCUUAUGGUGAUAUAGAUGAAUUGAAUUUUACAGUUAAAGCUAAACUACAUAGAUAUUUGCUAUGUAACUUCAUUCUGAGCAUUUCUAUUAGGAGCCAUCUGUAUAACCAAGAUUUCUUGUAGUAUAAAAAAUACACUAUUGGGGGAAAUUAAUAAACAUCAAAUCAAAGAAAAA